AUGGCGGCGCCCGCGCUGAGGAGCUUCUCUGAGGUUGGCGUGACCUUUGAGGACAUUGCCCUGUACUUCUCCAGGGAGGAAUGGAGCCUCCUUGAUGAGGGUCAGAGACAGCUGUACCUGAAUGUGAUGCUGGAGAACUUUGAACUUGUAUCCUCGGAAAAGGGUGUUCAUGUUGGAAGUAGGUGUUUUGUGUGCUCUCCAUGUGGGAAAUCUUUCACAACUAAAUCUCGCCUACAUAAUCAUCAGAGAAUUCAUACAGGAGAAAAGCUUUAUAAAUGUGGUGAAUGUGAAAAAUCUUUUACAAGUAGCAAUGGUCUCCAAUAUCAUCAGAGAGUGCACACUGGAGCAAGACCUUAUCACUGCAGUGAAUGUGGGAAGUCUUUUACAACUAAUUCUAAUCUUCAUAAUCAUCAGAGAGUUCAUACAGGAGAAAAGCCGUACAAAUGCAAUGAAUGUGGAAAAUCUUUUACAACUAACUAUCACCUUCAUAAUCAUCAGAGAAUUCAUACAGGAGAAAAACCUUAUCAAUGCAGUGAAUGUGGGAAAACUUUUACACAAGCUGGUGGUCUCCAAUAUCAUCAGAGAGUUCACACAGGAGAAAAGCCUUAUCAAUGCAGUGAAUGUGGGAAAUCUUUUACCAAUAACACCCACCUUCGAAUUCAUCAGAGAGUUCACACUGGAGAAAAGCCUUAUCAAUGCAGUGAAUGUGAGAAAUCUUUUACCACUAAGUCCAACCUGCGUAGUCAUCAGAGAGUUCACACAGGAGAAACGCCUUAUCGAUGCAGUGAAUGUGGAAAAUCAUUUACAACUAACUUUCACCUUCAUAAUCAUCACAGCAUUCAUACAGGUGAAAAGCCUUAUAAAUGCAAUGAAUGUGGGAAAUCUUUUACAAGUAGCACUGGUCUCCAAUAUCAUGAGAGAGUUCACACAGGAGAAAAGCCUUAUAAAUGCAGUGAAUAAUGUGGGAAAUCUUUUAUCUGGGAUACUGCUCUUCGUCAUCAUGAGAGAGUUCACACUGGAGAAAAGCCUUAUAAAUGCAGUGAAUGUGGAAAAUGUUUUACAAUUAACUCUAAUCUUCAUAAACAUCAGAGAAUUCACACUGGAGAAAAGCCUUAUAAAUGCAGUGAAUGUGGGAAAUCUUUUACCACUAAGACCCACCUUCAUAGUCAUCAGGGAGUUCAUACAGGAGAAAAGGCUUAUAAAUGCAGUGAAUGUGGGAAAUCUUUUACCUGGUUUACUGCCCUUCUUACUCAUCAGAGAGUUCACACUGGAGAAAAGCCUUAUAAAUGCAGAGAAUGUGGAAAAUGUUUUACAAUUAACUCUAACCUUCAUAAACAUCAGAGAAUUCACACUGGAGAAAAGCCUUACAAAUGUAGUGAAUGUGGGAAAUCUUUUACCGCUAGCGCUCACCUUCAAUAUCAUCAGAGAAUUCACACUGGAGAAAAGCCUUAUAAAUGCAGUGAAUGUGGGAAAUAUUUUAGAAGUAGCAGUAGUCUUCAAUAUCAUGAGAGAGUUCACACUGGAGAAAGCCAUUAUGAGUGCAAUUAAUAUGAGGUAUCUCUCUGCCAAUUUUUUUAAAUUCACUGUGCACAAAGGGUCCAAAUGUGAAAAAUGUCUUAGAUGUGUAGAAAAUGUAGUUUCUUAAUUAGGACUU